CACCCCUAACAGCAGUCAUCUGAGUCAAUUUUUUCCGGCGUUUACAAUCCACCCCCAGGUUCCACAUGUCGUCCAACCUCGUCUGCUUUAACCGUGAAUAAAUGUAUUUAGUCAGUCAAAUAUCAGCAUGUCUUUAGUUACCAAAAUAUGUAAACUCUGUGUGUUCUUGGGGUUUACGAUCCUGGCCGUGCUUUUAGUGAAACACUGGUUGGCCACCAAACAAUACGUGUUUACUAAGGAAGACGUCGCUAAGAUAGCCACACAGUAUGCAGGGCAGGACCAUGAACAAGCCUUUGCCAAGAUCGUGGUGGAACUCAGGAAAAGAUAUCCUGGUCACAUCCUGCCAGACGAGGACCUCCAGUGGGUUUUUGUGAACGCUGGCGGGUGGAUGGGCUCCAUGUGUCUCCUCCACGGCUCCCUCACCGAGUACGUCCUGCUGUUCGGCACAGCCCUGGACACCGGAGGACACUCAGGUCGCUACUGGGCUGAGAUCUCUGACACCAUCAUCUCUGGAACAUUCCACCAGUGGAAGGAGGGGACCACCAAGAGUCAGCUAUAUUACCCAGGUGACACCCUGGUGCACGGGGUGGGCGAGGCGGCGGCGGUGCAGUGGUCUUCAGGGACCUGGAUGGUGGAGUAUGGCCGGGGCGUCAUCCCCUCCACGCUGGGUUUCGCUCUGGCAGACACCAUGUUCAGCACCCUGGACCCCCUCACCCUGCUGCACACUGCACGCAUCUACUGCAAGGCCCUGCUGCUUGAGGCCGCCACCGCACUGGAGCACUACGGCUUUUUCUGAGGACACAUCCCCCAUGAAGACCUGCCUAUAUGAGGACUCUCACCCCUCUGACAACACGCCCCCCUUCUCUGUUGACACACCUCUAUAACCCCCUUCCCCUCAUGACACACUACUCAUGUGUCAUGCAUCCGUUGGAGACCGGCUGGCUUCAAAGAUUGAUCCAUUCUACUCGUGACGUCACUAAUGGUUAGAUGUGAUGUUCUGUCUACACAGGGCUGGUGAAUCUGUGUUGUUGCCUGUGUUCUCAUCUCAUAUUGACUCAUUGUUCCCAGCCAAGCGUGUUUUAUUACACGGCACACCAGUUCCACUCAAGGAUUGCACACAUUAUUUUAUAGUAAUGACAUUUUCUUUUAUAAUAAAGUUACCAAUAAAGUUAAUCUCCCAACUUCAAAAUUAC